CAUCUUUUUCAUACUGCUUAAACAAACACCUACCUCAAAUUUCUUCUUCUCUUCCUCCAGAAACUGCCCAGAGGAAAAUGGCAGCAGGAAAUCACUCCACAGUGACUGAGUUCCUCCUCACUAGGCUAACAGAAAAGCAAGAGCUCCAGUUGCCUCUCUUUCUUUUCUUCCUAGGAGUCCAUGUGGUCACAGCACUGGCGAAUCUGGGCAUGAUCACACUGAUUGGGCUCAGUUCUCACCUGCACACCCCCAUGUACUAUUUCCUCAGCAGUUUGUCCUUCACUGAUCUCUGCUGUUCCACUGUCAUUACCCCCAAAAUGCUGGUGAACUUUGUGACAGAAAAGAACAGCAUCUCCUACCUUGAAUGCAUGACUCAGCUCUACCUAUUUGCAUUUUUUAUUAUAUCAGAAGGCUCUAUGCUGGCUGUGAUGGCAUAUGAUCGCUAUGUUGCCAUCUGUAAUCUAUUGCUUUACAAUGUCACUAUGUCUUAUCAGGUCUGCUCCUGGCUGGUAGUUGAGGUAUAUAUGAUGGGUUUGAUUGGUGCCACAGCUCAUACAUUUUGCAUGCUUAAAGUGGUUUUCUGCAAGGCUAAAACAAUCAACCAUUACUUCUGUGAUCUUUUUCCACUACUGGAGCUGUCCUGCUCCAGCACUUAUAUCAGUGAAGUGGUAAUUUUGUGCUUCAGUACAUUUAAUAUUCUUACAUCAAUCUUGGCCAUCCUUGCCUCCUAUGUCUCCAUCAUUGCCAGCAUUCUGCUCAUCCGCUCCACUGUGGGCAGGUCCAAAGCCUUCAGCACAUGCAGCUCCCACAUCACAGCUGUUACAAUCUUCUAUGGUUCUGCAGCAUUCAUGUACCUGCAGCCAUCAAGUGUUAGCUCCCUAGACCAAGGCAAAGUUUUAUACCAUUAUUUUUAUUUUAUAUUUUAUUUUUUUAUUUUAUGUUUUAUUAUUCUACUUUAUACCAUUAUUGUGCCAAUGCUGAAUUCGCUGAUCUACAGCCUGAGGAAUAAGGAUGUCAAAGUUGCUCUAAAUAAAAUCAUUGAGAAAAGACUAUUUUGCAAUGGCAAAGACCUCUAAUUCUUGGAGAAGAUUUAGUAAGUAAGAAUUGUAGAGAUAGCAACAUAUAUACAGAAGUAGUGAGAUUAUUGCAUUACUUAUUUGGAAGAAAUAUCUAAAGGAUAAGACUAGAUUCAUAGGGUCACAUGGAGGACAGUGUCAAUUCUAGGAAGUCCCAGACGUCACCCAUAGUAACCCAUAUUACCUCUAAUCAUUUUUGUAAAAAUCUACAAAGGACUUCAGGUGGGGAUAUUAUAAUUUAUAUACAUGGGACUUAGCACUUUGUUUAAAAAAGAUUUAUUUAUCUCAAUUCAUAGAAUGAUCUGUUUGGGUUGUAUCUUUUGAUCUUCUUAACAAUUUGUGUAUCUGACCUUUAUUACUAAUAAAUGUGCAAACACACUCUUCUGGAGAAAAGUGAUCUCAAAAUAAUUUUUAAUCAUUUGAAAUCUACAAAAUUCAAUUCCUACUAGCUACUAUGUACAGAGAACUGUAUUAAGGAAUAUGGGGCAGAUGGUGAAUUACAAGACAUAAUUACUCCCCAUAAGAUUAUAACAAUGUGGUGGAAGAGACUGGUAGAAUAAUCAUGGCUAAAUACAUUAUAUGUAUUUGUACUUAUUUCUUUAUGCAACUUUUUUUUA